AAAGAGUGUCUGGGGAGAUCAGGCAUUGCUGACUGGAUGCUUGUCUCUCUUGGUGGCCAUCAUGUCUUUGACCUCUGCCUACCAGCAUAAGUUAGCAGAGAAGCUCACUAUCCUGAAUGAUCGAGGUCAGGGGGUUCUCAUCCGCAUGUAUAACAUCAAGAAGACUUGUUCAGACCCCAAAUCCAAGCCACCUUUCUUACUGGAAAAGUCCAUGGAAUCAUCUCUUAAGUACAUCAACAAGAAAUUUCCGAACAUAGAUGUUCGAAACAGCACGCAACAUUUAGGACCAGUACAUCGGGAAAAAGCAGAGAUAAUUAGAUUCCUCACCAACUACUACCAGUCAUUUGUGGAUGUCAUGGAAUUUCGGGAUCAUGUAUAUGAACUUCUCAACACCAUUGAUGCCUGCCAGUGCCAUUUCGAUAUCAAUCUCAACUUUGACUUCACUCGGAGUUACCUGGACUUGAUUGUGACUUACACUUCAGUUAUUUUACUUCUGUCUCGGGUUGAGGAUCGUCGGAUACUCAUUGGCAUGUACAACUGUGCUCAUGAGAUGAUGCAUGGACAUGGUGACCCCAGUUUUGCUCGUCUGGGUCAGAUGGUCUUGGAGUAUGACCACCCUCUCAAGAAGCUGACAGAGGAGUUUGGGCCCCACACAAAGGCUGUGAGUGGGGCUCUCCUUUCUUUGCACUUCCUCUUUGUCAGACGGAAUCAGGGGGCUGAGCAGUGGCGUAACGCCCAGCUUCUGAGUCUCAUCAGCACCCCUCCAGCCAUGAUUAACCCUGCCAGUUCAGAUACGAUGGCUUGUGAGUAUCUGUCCAUGGAAGUGAUGGAGCGCUGGAUUAUCAUUGGGUUUCUUCUUUGUCAUGGUUGCCUCAACUCCAAUAGCCAGUGCCAGAAGCUGUGGAAGCUGUGUCUGCAGGGCUCCCUGUACAUCACUCUCAUCCGGGAGGAUGUUCUGCAAGUGCACAAGGUCACUGAGGACCUGUUUAGCAGUUUGAAAGGGUAUGGCAAGCGAGUGGCAGACAUAAAGGAAAGCAAGGAGCAUGUAAUUGCAAACAGUGGCCAGUUUCACUGUCAAAGACGACAAUUUCUGCGACUAGCAGUGAAGGAGCUGGAGAUUGUGUUAACUGAUGAACCAGGACUGCUGGGUCCCAAGGCCCUUUUGGCUUUCAUGGCCUUGUCCUUCAUUCGUGAUGAGGUCACCUGGCUGGUUCGCCACACAGAAAACGUCACCAAGACUAAGACGCCUGAGGACUACACCGACUCGAGCAUUGCAGAACUGCUUUUCUUGUUGGAGGAGAUUAGAGCUCUGGUCCGAAGGCACGUCAAAGUGAUACAGCAAUACCACCUUCAGUACUUGGCCAGAUUUGAUGCUCUUGUGCUCAGUGACAUCAUUCAGAACCUGUCAGUGUGUCCUGAGGAGGAGUCCAUCAUCAUGUCCUCAUUCGUCAGUACUCUCUCCUCUCUGAAUCUCAAACAAGUUGAUAAUGGAGAGAAAUUUGAAUUCUCUGGAUUGAGGCUGGACUGGUUCCGCCUUCAGGCAUAUACUAGUGUGGCUAAGGCCCCCCUGCAUCUGCAUGAGAACCCUGACUUAGCCAAAGUGAUGAAUCUCAUUGUCUUUCACUCCCGAAUGCUGGACUCUGUAGAGAAAAUGCUGGUGGAAACUUCUGACCUCUCUACUUUCUGCUUUCAUCUCCGUACUUUUGAGAAGAUGUUUGCUACGACCCUGGAGGAACCUACUAUGUUGCGUUAUGCCAUUGCCUUCCCCCUGAUUUGUGCUCAUUUUGAACAUUGCACUCAUGAGAUGUGCCCAGAGGAGUAUCCCCACCUGAAGAACCAUGGCCUUCACCAUUGCAAUUCCUUCCUGGAAGAGUUGGCCAAGCAGACCAGCAAUUGUGUCCUGGAGAUCUGUGCUGAACAGCGAAAUCUGAGUGAGCAGCUGCUACCUAAGCAUUGUGCCACUACCAUUAGCAAGGCCAAGAACAAGAAAACCAUGAAGCACAGGCAGACGCCCAGAAAGGAGAGCCUGAGGGACAAACCAGGAGCUGAGACCCGGAAGAACCGCAGCAUUGUCACCACCAUGGACAAGCUACACCUAAACUUGACAGAAUUGGCACUGACAAUGAAUCACGUACACAGCUUUUCUGUGUUUGAACACACUAUCUUCCCUUCUGAGUAUCUCAGCAGCCACCUGGAAGCCAGACUCAACAGAGCCCUUGUAUGGCUGGCUGGCUACAACCCCACAACCCAGGAGAUCGUCAGGCCUUCUGAGCUGCUGGCAGGAGUCAAAGCAUACAUUGGUUUCAUACAGUCACUGGCCCAGUUUCUGAGUGCAGAUGCUACCCGAGUCAUCCGCAAUGCCCUCCUGCAGCAGACCCAGCCGCUGGACUCAUCGGGCGAACAGACCAUCACUACCCUCUACACAAAUUGGUACCUAGAAAGUCUGCUUAGACAGGCGAGCAGUGGCACCAUCAUCCUCUCCCCAGCCAUGCGGGCCUUCAUCAGCCUCCCCAGGGACGGGGAGCAGAAUUUCAGUGCAGAGGAGUUCUCUGACAUUUCUGAGAUGCGGGCCUUGGCUGAACUCUUGGGACCCUAUGGCAUGAAGUUCCUGAGUGAAAACCUGAUGUGGCAUGUGACCUCUCAGAUCGUGGAGCUAAAGAAGCUGGUAGUGGAAAACAUGGAUGUACUUGUUCAAAUAAGAUCCAACUUUAGCAAGCCCGACUUGAUGGCUUCCCUACUGCCCCAACUGACGGGGGCUGAGAAUGUGCUGAAGCGUAUGACCAUCAUUGGAGUGAUUCUCAGUUUUAGAGCCAUGGCCCAAGAGGGACUUCGGGAGGUUUUCUCCUUCCACUGCCCAUUCCUUAUGGGUCCCAUUGAGUGCCUGAAGGAGUUUGUCACUCCAGACACAGACAUCAAGGUGACCCUGAGUGUCUUUGAGCUGGCGUCUGCAGCAGGAGUGGGCUGUGACAUUGACCCAGCCCUGGUGGCUGCCAUUGCCAAUCUGAAAGCUGAUACUUCAUCCCCUGAGGAAGAAUAUAAGGUGUCCUGCCUGCUCUUGAUCUUUAUAGCUGUUUCCCUUCCACUCCUUGCCACUGAUCCGUCUUCCUUCUACAGCAUUGAGAAGGAUGGUUACAACAAUAAUGUUCACUGCUUGACCAAAGCCAUCAUCCAGGUGUCUGCUGCCCUCUUUACACUCUACAACAAGAACAUUGAAACCCACCUCAAGGAAUUUCUGGUGGUGGCCUCUGUCAGCCUCUUGCAGCUGGGCCAGGAGACUGACAAGCUUAAAACCAGAAAUCGGGAAUCCAUUUCUCUGCUCAUGCGCUUGAUCGUCGAGGAGUCAUCCUUCCUGACCCUGGACAUGCUGGAGUCCUGCUUUCCUUACGUCCUGCUUCGCAAUGCCUAUCGGGAGGUUUCUCGGACCUUCCACCUGAACCGAGUGCCUGCCGGUACCCACUGAAGGGCUCUGUGGACCUACCUUAAUCCAUGACAUAGUGGAAGCUGUGGUUACUUUCCCAAGGGGUGGGAAUGGGAGUGAGGCCACUGGGGAGAGGGUCGGGAGCCACAGCUGAUGAAUAGAUGUGUGGAGGAAUCAGAGAGAAAGUGGAGCAGGCUGAGGGAUGGAGGACAAUUGAUGGAAAAAUUAGGGGUUGGGGCCACGUGUAUAAAUUUUUACAAUGGAAAAACAAGUGAUACAAAAGCACGUUUGCUAUCCUCUGGUGACUAGAGCUUGAGCGCUGACUGGCGUGGGUCUCUCCGACCUUCAUCACUAUUCUGGGAUGAUGCUGGCGGGCAGAGAUGAUCAAUCAUCAUAUUAAACCAUAAUGAGCUUAUAAUCCUCCCACUGGAGCUGCUAUUGUCUCCUGCACAUUCAUUAGGGCGAUUAUCUCCUCUCUCCCUUUUCCAAGUGUUCAGCAAACAUUCAGCCUGCUCCUACUGCAGAGCAGUAGCAAAGGAACCCCCUUUUCCCUUGUGGGGGCCCUUUUAGGAGUCAUUUGAUUUCUUCCUCUGCCUCCAGCUCCACUGCCUUUCCUACUGGGGGCAGUGGGUUCUUCAGAGAUUUUUACUGACCAGUCACUCCCCUUGGCCACACAUUGUGGGUAGAGUUAGUUCUCUCAAUUCUUGACCCUUCCUUCGUUUUCUUUGAUACCUCCACAACCCAGAGCAGAGGGUCAAUUCUAGGUUACAGGACAACUCAGUGGACCAGAGUCACCUGAGUUUCCCUUCCCAUACCAUUUAGGGGUACACACCCUCCUUUCAGGAGGGACAAAUUUAAGCCCAAAUCUCAGUGUCAGCCUGGGUACAGCUGUUGCCUCAGGCAGGGAUUUCUCUUUCAGAUUUAAAUUUCACCGACCUCAUUAUGUUGUAGGGCCCUGAGUGUGUGUAUCCUUGAGGGAGUACAAGCUUUUCAACUUAGCCCUUUUCUGCACUAAUUAGAAUUUCAAGUGUCACAAAGCCUGGGGCGCUCAAGAUAGCAUUAACUAGUUUUAGUUAACUCCAUGGCAGGAAACAGUGGCUCCAUACAUCACUUCUGUGUGCCCACUGCUAGGGAGGACUGGAGCAACAGAUGAUAUAUGUCACGGGUCUAGAGUAGCUGGAAUGGGCAAAUAUUCUUAGCUAGUUGAUUAAUUAAAGUCAUGUCCAUACUUCCACGAUGAAAAGGAAGCAAUUGUUAGUUUUCAGCAAAACCACCUGGCCUUUAUUAAAAGCAUUUGAUAGCUGUUUUUGGA